AGAAACGUGUACUAUGUAAAAAUAAAGAAAGAUAAAUUUUAUGUACUUUGGUGUUAAAUUUUAGUUCCUUCUAUUUCAAGAAUCUUUUUAAAAUGCAGGAUGAAGCAGUGAGUGAGCGACAGAGUCUUCCAAUUGAUAUCUAUUACAAUAAACUUCUUGAAUGGUUGAUUGACCGUCGACAUUGCCAACCAAAAUGGCAAGAUUCAGCCCUUGUGAUAAGAGAAAAGAUUAAUGAAGCUAUUCAAGACAUGCCUGCUGUUGAUGAAAUCAUGCAACUUCUGUCUGGCAGUUAUAUAAAUUAUUUCCAUUGCGUAAGAAUUGUAGAAUUAUUGAAAGUAUCAGAAUCUGCAACCAAAAAUAUUUUUGGAAGAUAUUCAUCUAAAAGAAUGAAGGAUUGGUUAGAAAUCUUACAACUGUAUGAAACUGAUAAUUUGGGCUUAGCUGAGGCAAGUCAUAUGCUAAUACGAAAUGUAAACUAUGAAAUUCCUUCAUUAAAAAGACAAAUUGCUAAAGAUCAACAAACACAAAGGGAUUGUACAAGAAAAGAAAGCGAAUAUGCAUUAAAUGCAAAUAACUUUAAAGAAAAAUAUCAUCAUGUUUGCAAACAGAUGGGGAUCAAGGGUACUGAUAUAAGAGAGGAACUUCUCUUGUUAUUGAAUGAUUUACCAAUGCUCUAUGAUGAUGUGUGUGGUAAAACUACAAGAUUAAAUGAUAUUCUACAUUUUUAUGUGGCUUUUGUGGAUUUCAUUUCUCCUCGGAAGGAUGAGAGUGCACGGAAGAACAAGGACUUGUGUCCAGUAAUAUGCCACAUAAUGGAACAUGGAAAUACAUCUGUUUACCAAUGGAGAACUGGGAAUAUUCCAACGCUUAUUAUCAAUCCAGACCAGGAAAACGAAACAACAGACAACACAGAAUCAUCAGAGAUAAACUGGGAUAUUACGGAUGAUACCUCGAAGGGCGAAGAAAAUGGUGCUAUUGAUUUUGGUGAAAAUAUCGAUUUUGGUGAUAAUAUCGAAAGUAUUGAUUAUGGCGAUAAUAUUGAUUUUGGCGAUAAUAUUGAUUAUGGAAAUGGAGAUGGACAAGCAAUAGACUUUGGAGAUUCUAUUUCAAAUGAAAUAAAAAUUGAAGACUCUGGUGAUGAUGGCAUAGCUCAAGGUACGGAUGCCUUAACCAUGCUGGCCUAUCCACAAACCAGGAAUAGUUAUAUCGACGAAGUUUUAGAGCUUCAAGCGUUCCUGGAUCAAAGAUUGAAAGAAAUGGAAGAUGAUACGAAUAUUUUGUCUUCUAAUCAGUUUCAGUCUUCUCGCGAUAUCCUACAAAGACAAUCACGUGAGAGUGUCCAAGCGAUGAAAGAUCAAAUCGAUGACAUUGUAAACGUUUUAACAUCAGUCAAAAUACAAAACUUGUUUUUAAUAAAAGCCUCGCCAAGAUACGUUGACCGCUUAACGGAAUCCCUACAACAUAAACUGAAGUUAUCCGAAAAGAUGCAAGCUUCGUGCAAAGUUUUAGCUGAAAGAAAACGAGAAGCCGCGGCUCAUCAAAGUGAACUGGAACCAAAACUUGACGUCAUUGUGACGAAGACUAAACAACUACAGCAACAGAUUUCUGAAGAAAUUUCCAAGAAAUACGACAACAGGAUUGUGAAUAUUAUGGGUGAAGUAAACUCUAUAUAAAAAUUGCAUUUCAACAACAAUUAUACAUUCGAAGCAAUGUACGUCAACAGAUUUCUACUUUGGAUCGACUAUUAAUAUUGAAAACAUUUAGGGUCAAUAGGCAUAGUAGACGUAUUUAUUGACAAAAUUCCGUGAAUGCUGAGAGCGAUAACUAUUCUAUCGGCGAUAACUGACGAAAACUGACGUGCUUUGUUAUCGCCGACAGUUGGUGACA